UAGUGCAUCUCCUAAUUAGACCUGCACCCCUAAAAAAAAAGGUACUUUAUUAGAGCUGCAGCACAGAGCCCAAACCCAAAUAAAAACCCUUAAUUCCUUCCCCCUUUUGAUCGAUUUAAUUCGAUCCCCUGUGAAUUCCUUGCCCUAAUUUUGAAACGAAGACCAAGGGGAUGGCGGGGAUCGAAUUGAUCAGCGGGCUUCUUGAAAAGUCCAAGGAGCUCGAUCAGCUGAGGCAAAAGCUCGAGGAGCUGCUGCAAGAGAUCAACAAGAUCCACAAGAAGCUGCAAUCUGCUCCGGAGAUAGUUGAGAAAUCAGGGGAUUCGACAUUGAAACAUCUUCGACAAUUAUACAGUCAAGCAAAAGAUUUCUCUGAUAAGGAAGCAGGGGUUUCACAAGACUUGGUGAUUCAGUUGGAUGCUUUAUUACAAUCUGGGGUUUCAGCAGCACAACGGAAAAAAAUAGAAGUUAGCGAGCAGAAAAAGAAGAGGUUGAAGUCAGAUGCAGAUAUUCCUAGAUUUCCCCCUUCUGCAUCUAUAAGAAGCCAACUUGAACAACUUGCUAGUCUGAAGGGAGAGCAGGUGGCAGCUAGGGUCACAGAUGAUGAUGCUGAAAAAGAUGAAUGGUUUGUUGUAAAAGUUAUUCAUUUUGACAAGGAUGCAAAAGAAUUUGAAGUGCUUGAUGAGGAGCCAGGCGAUGAUGAAGAAAGCAUUCAGAGAAAGUACAAGCUGCCCAUGUCUCGAAUUAUACCAUUUCCAAGAAAAGGGGAACCGUCUAGUGCGCCCGAUUUCCCUCCGGGGAAGCAUGUUUUAGCAGUUUAUCCUGGAACAACAGCUUUGUAUAAAGCAACAGUAGCCAAUCAUCGCAAGAGGAAGGCUGAUGAUUAUGUGCUCGAGUUUGAUGACGACGAAGAAGAUGGAUCCUUGCCACAGAGAAAUGUUCCAUUCCACAAGGUGGUUCCACUUCCUGAGGGACAUCGUCAAUGAAAUCUAGAUCAUCAGUUGCUCUUUGACUUUGUAUUCUCAACUCGACGACUUCUUCACCUUGGCUUCAUGUAUCUAUUAUAAUACUAAAAUAUGUAUCUAUUUCCGUUGCUGUUGUAUAUAUGUGUAUGUUGUAAUGGUAUUGAAUGUAUCUGCUUGCGCGCACAACCUAAACAUUUAGUAGAAACAAGAGUGUAGUUUAUAUAGCAUGAAGAUUUUGCUCUU